CACUUAACUUUGCGUCAGUACCAGAAAUUUCGCUAUCGCUUCUUUAAAACUGCAACAAACUGUUCAGAUACACCUAUAACAACAAAUGAUACUGAGCAGUAUUGCCGGUACGAGUAUAAUAAUUUUAAUAACAAUCAACAACAGCUACAUUUCGAAGACAACCAGUUGUGUUGUUGUGACGAUGAACAGCGAAAUUGUAAAAGUAUUGAAAAAGAGCUGCAUCCAUCACAUAUCGCCAUUGACAUUGAUGGUGGUGGCCAGCUAAAGCAUUUUAAUGAAGCGCACUCGCAGCAGUGCCUCUGCGGAUACGGACGAAACGCUUUCAUAAACUCCAGAAAUCAUCAAUACACAACUUUUGGAGCUUCUGCCAAAUCGAAACGCAAAAUUUUUGUCGUACUCAAAAUAAGCGCCACAGCAACGGCUGUCACACUUCUGUGGCACUACUGCUUUGGCUGGAUGAGUGGUCUACCGGCAAUGUUCGCGGUGUUGUUUGCAAUCUUGCUGGUGACUUUGGGUUGGCGUUGGUUUUAUAUUGCCGCUGUAACGUCCAAACGUGACAUGACCGCAUUGUGGGCUUAUAUAAAACUGCUUUUACUUGUGAAGAGAUAUGAGCGAAAUAAUUUAUCUAUAGGCGAUAUAUUUCACAAGCAUGCGAUGAAGCAUCCUGAGAGGACGGCCAUAAUAAGUGGAACGCACUGCUGGACUUUUCAACAACUAAAUGAAUUUUCUAAUCGUAUUGCCUAUUUAUUCCAUAGUCAUGGUUAUAAAAAAGGAGAUGUGAUUGGCCUUAUAUUGGAAAAUCGCCCAGAGUAUGUUGGCAUUUGGUUGGGUCUAUCAAAAAUUGGUAUUAUAACAUCACUUAUCAACACCAACUUAAAGGGUGCGUCGCUUCUUCACAGUGUCAAUGUAGCUAAAUGCUCAGCUCUUAUAUAUGGGGAAGCUAUUAGUGAUACAAUUGAAAAUAUUGCGACUGAUAUUCCCACGAAAGUUUACCAAUUCAACAAUGAAAUAAAUAAGCCAGUGCGUUACAUGGCAGAAGACUUGGCAACUUUACUUAGCUCAUGCACCUGUGAAAAAUUACCCACCACAGCUCAACACCCAAAUCACCACGACAGACUGGUUUACAUAUACACCUCUGGCACAACUGGUUUCCCGAAGGCGGCAGUGAUCUCCCAUUCACGGUACAUAUUUAUAGCGGCUGGUAUUCACUACACGUUGAAUUUCAAAAACAAAGACGUGUAUUACACCCCCCUGCCGCUUUACCAUACAGCUGGUGGCGUUAUAAGUAUAGGCCAAGCCUUGCUUUUUGGUUCCACCGUUGUUAUACGGAAAAAGUUUUCAGCGUCCGAGUAUUUUGCUGAUUGCGUUCGUUUCAAAUGCACAAUUGCUCAAUACAUUGGAGAAGUAGCGCGGUAUAUCUUGGCAACGCCACCAUCUGAGUACGAUCGCAAGCACAAAAUUCGUAUGAUCUUCGGCAACGGCUUGCGCCCACAAAUCUGGUCGCGAUUCGUCAAGCGUUUUAACAUUCCAAAAGUGGGGGAGUUCUAUGGUGCCACAGAGGGCAAUGCCAAUAUUAUGAAUAAUGACAACACGAUCGGUGCCAUUGGUUUUGUUUCGCGUAUAUUUCCUCAUAUUUAUCCCAUAGCCAUUAUAAAAGCUGAUCCUGAUACUGGUGAACCAAUUCGUGGACUCGACGGAUUGUGCCAGCGCUGUGAGCCAGGAGAAUCGGGGGUAUUCAUUGGGAAGAUCAUUAAGGGCAACCCCUCCCGCGAAUUUCUGGGUUAUGCUGAUGAGAAUGCUUCGACGAAGAAAAUUGCAUAUGACGUCUUUAAAAAGGGAGAUAUGGCAUUUUUAUCCGGCGAUUUGUUGACGUCUGAUGAACGAGGUUAUCUUUACUUUAUGGAUCGAACAGGUGAUACCUACCGCUGGAAAGGAGAGAAUGUAGCGACUAGUGAGGUAGAGGCUCAAGUGAGUAAUGUAGCCAAUUACAAGGACACAAUCGUCUACGGGGUGUCGAUACCGCAUACAGAGGGGCGUGCUGGAAUGGCCGCCAUUUACGAUCCAGAGCGACAGGUGAACCUGGAACGUUUCGCACAGGAUAUAUCCAAGGUGUUGCCUGCAUAUGCUAGGCCUCAGUUUAUAAGAUUUUUAACUAAAAUUGACAUUACCGGCACUUACAAAUUACGUAAGGUGGAUCUACAAAAAGAAGGUUACAAUCCCAAUAUUCUGCAGGAUGCCAUUUAUUACCGAACAGCCUCUGGGACAUACGAAAUACUAACUAGUGAAAUUUUUGAAAAGAUAAGCAGGGGCGAAGCUCGAUUUUAGAAAGCGUAUAGAAUUUACUGUAGAUUCAUUAGACAAAUUCACAGUAGCAAAUACAAAGGCAUAGUUACACAGAUACACGUUUACAUUUUUUUAAUUAGUUUUCAAAUAAAAAUGUGACUAAAUUUGGA